AUGAUCGAAGCUGACCUGGGAUGGAAUGGGCGCACUGCGUACAGUGUUGCUAGAGCCGAGUACGCGGGUAGUAUCUCGGCGUUGAGCUUCACAGCGGUGCUCGCGACGCUGUUCUUCACUAUCUUGCUGAACGGCGGCGUGUGGAUCAACGCGUCCCACGUGCAGGAAAACGGGACGGAGAUUGCGACGCCGCGGCGCAAGAGCAGGGGGAGAGGACUGUGUGUGCGCGACGUGAGUACGGGGAGCGUGGGCGAUGGCACUACGCUGUCGUGGAGUAAUUUGCUGCAUCAUGACCAAGCGGUGCGGAUUGCAGUCAUUGUGCACGAGGCGAUUGUGAUGGCUGCAUCGCCGAGUAUGACGAUUGAAGUCCUGGCUGAGUAUGGCACCACAAAUAAGAUUGCUUAUAGGUCUUCCGAGCGUAAGGACCUGGUUCGCUUUGCGUUUGUCGUCGUACCACUGAUCUGGCUCCGCAAUAUCUUCAUCGUGUACGACGUCAUAUUGCUUAAUCAAGGGCUUCACGGCAGCUACUCCAAUCGAUCUCUCUAG